GGAAGUGGGCGUAGGCUGCGGUUUGAAGUUUCCACAAAGUGCAUCAAUCCACGGAUCGAAAGUCCACAGUGCGUGUUCGUGCAGACAUGUCGGGCAGCAGGUUGAUGAGAGCCAUCCGGGUGACGGAGUUCGGAGCCCCGUCGGUCCUCAAACUCAGCCCGGAAGUGACAGUCCCCAAACCUGGACACAAACAGGUGCUGAUCCGUGUCCAUGCCUGUGGAGUGAACCCGGUGGAGACCUACAUCCGGUCUGGGACGUUCUACCGUAAGCCACCGCUGCCGUACACGCCAGGCUCUGAUGUCGCUGGAGUCGUGGAAGAUGUUGGAGAUGGGGUCACUACAGUAAAGGCUGGCGAUCGUGUUUUCACCUUGGCCACAGAGUCUGGAGGUUAUGCAGAGUACACUGUAGCUUCAGACAUCUGUGUCUACAAACUGCAUGAUGACUUAGACUUCACCCAGGGAGCUGCUAUAGGGGUCCCAUACUUCACCGCCUAUAGAGCCCUGGUCCACAAAGCUCAUGCCAAACCUGGAGAGACAGUUCUCAUCCAUGGAGCCAGUGGAGGAGUUGGUAUCGCAGCGUGCCAGCUGUCCCGUGCUCUGGGUCUUAGAGUUUUGGGGACGGCGGGGACACCAGAGGGAAUGAAACUGAUCCUGAAUAACGGCGCUCACCUGGCCUUUAAUCACAGAGAGGAGGGUUAUACAGACAAAAUCAUGGAAGCCACAGAGGGCCGAGGUGUGGAUGUGAUCGUUGAAAUGCUGUCAAAUGUCAACCUCAGUAAAGACCUACAGAUGAUGAACUACGGAGGACGAGUUUUGGUUAUCGGUUGCAGAGGCUCCAUCGAGAUCAACCCCAGGGACACGAUGGCCAAAGAGAGCAGUGUCAUCGGAGUCAUGCUUUUCUUGGCUACACCGGAGGAGAAUAAGGAGGCUGCGGCGCUGUUCUACGCCGGGAUGGAAGCCGGUUGGAUGCGCCCCAUCGUCGGCGCUCGGUACCCACUCGAUAAAGCCGCUCAGGCUCAUCAUGACAUCAUUGAAUCUCCCGGGGCCACUGGGAAGAUAGUGCUGACCAUGUAAUAAUGUGAUCGUAUCAGAGGUCAAAGGUCGGGUAUAAAAUGAUGAAUUAAAAUGAUGGGAUGUUUUUGUCGACAAUAAAAAUCAAUUCAGUGUCAACGGGAAAACCCAGAUACAGUACAAUAUGGAACAAUACUGAGUUAAUGUUGAACUCAAGAGCAGAAAAAUAAGCCAAAAU